AUGGCAAGUGCAAAGUGUGAAUUAACUGACUUAAUGGUUUUUUUGCCACCAUUAAAAAAAGUUCCAGUAAAAUUUUUUAAAGAAGUUGAUGGUUUAGGAAAACUUGUUGGAACUGAUGAUUCCAUAGCAGGUGCAAUAAUAGAUUUACCAUUUUGGAUAGCCAAAAGACUUGCAAAAAGGCAAAUAGUAGGAAUUCAACGACCAAAAUUUCUUGAGGAUCAAAUUAUAAAUGCAUUAAUAGCUAAUCCAAUUGAUGUCAACCUACGUAUUAUAUGUCCACAAUUUUAUACUUUUGCAACAAAAUAUGUUGAACAGCAAAUAGUAGGAAUUCAACGACCAAAAUUUCUUGAGGAUCAAAUUAUAAAUGCAUUAAUAGCUAAUCCAAUUGAUGUCAACCUACGUAUUAUAUGUCCACAAUUUUAUACUUUUGCAACAAAAUAUGUUGAACAAGCUAAUGAUGCUAGAUUUGCUGAAAAACUUAGACAGACACUAUUAACAAGUAAACUAGCAAGAAACGUAGAAAUAUGGGAUAGAGCUAAAAGAUUUGCAGAGGAUCAUAAUGAAUUUUUGGAAAAAUUAGAUGAUGAUGAACAAUCAUUGUUUCAUGAACAACGUGAAAGAUUUGAAGAAUGUUAUAUGGAAUUUUGUUAA